GCUUUAAUUAAGUCUCGGUUGCCAUCUCACAUAGGGUUCAUUAUUCACAUUACACACAAUACAAUAGCUUCAUCCAUUAAAAGAAUUAAUUCAGCCAGAAGAUCGAAUCACGGAAGUGUAGUACAAGGCUCCAUUUAAACCAAAGCAAUCUGUUCCAUUCCACCGGCUGCGAGUUUCUAGAGCUUUACUCAGAUACAAGGAUGAUAUUUUUAAGUGCAAGACAUUGAGUCGUUCUGUGAUUGGUCUAGUUUUCAUCCAGCUGGCUGGCGGUGUACUUAAUCAUGUAUUUUCUGCGUAAACUCUCUGGUAGCAGUAUUGGAUAAUGCCUGGGUCUUGUCGCCCACAUUAAGAACGUAAAAUACAUAAUUCCAACAUCGAGUCACAGUUUCAGUUUAACUUCUACAGACUGACUGCGUCCUACACUCUAAAUUAACACUCCUUCUUCCAAAGUUUAUAUUUGUCUUCAAAUUGGAAAUCAGUUGGCUUAUAUCCAUAUCUCCAAGGCCACAAAAGAUAUCGACAAGAACCCCUGCCACGCACCAAAGUUUAUUCCAACUUCUUCACGAACAAAAUAGAACAAMAUAUAAGCAAACAGGAAAUGUUUACAAACGCUCAAUGAACUUGAGGAAGACUUUGAAAAGGGGAGCAAACCGGAAUAACCCAAACUGGAGGAGUCAUACUGGCGCGUUGUGAUCGAAAGACUCAUUCAAACUAACCGAAAAAGGGUUAGCAUUGACCGGAUAACAGGUGAGCUGUCAACCGUUAGCGAAUCCGGCCAAACAAACAAACUAUGAGAUAACUGCGUACGUCAGUAUCAUAGACUUAAAACAAACAUACAAUAUURAAGGCCAAAUAACGCAAACACGGGGUAGCAGWGAGCAAGUGUUCCAGUGAUUGCAAUCCAUUUUCCACUUCACUUUGGAGUGACAUUUACUUGAUGAAUGGACUUGAAAAAAUGGAAAAUGUAUCUGUGAAUAGCUCACGUGCCGAGUCAUUUGAAGAUGGUUUGUAUGAGACAUCAUUGAGUCGGAGUGUUAAACUAGCUCUUUACGGUGCGAUUUUCCUGACAAGUAUCAUUGGAAAUACCYUAGUAUGUUUGGUAGUUUGCCAACAACAGAGACUUCGUACUUCAACUAACUACUAUAUAGUUAAUUUAGCCUGCGCUGACCUUGCAGUCACUCUAAUCUGUAUUCCUUUUGAUGUUGUUGUUCAAGAGAGCAACUACACUUGGCCUUUUGGACAAUUUCUGUGUAGAGUGGUGUAUCCAUUAAUGACAAUGUCUACUUUUGGUUCGGUCGGUACACUGACUGCCAUUGCUCUCAAUAGGCACACAGCCGUUUCCAGACCRAUGCGAGUGCGUGCCAGUAAAAGAGUGGCAAAGAUUGCAAUCGUCGUUAUAUGGACCAUAUCAUUUCUCUUUGUCCUGCCUUACAUUUCAGUCUUAAACGUGAAUCAGAAGUCUUUUUGCGUGGAAACGUGGUCACCUUUGUGGAGCAAAAUUUAUACUGUUUUCAUAUUUGUAUUUCAGUAUGUUAUACCAUUAACAAUAAUUACUAUAGCUUACGUUAUAAUUGGUCUUUUACUGCGAAARAAUCGGCUUAACUUGACGGCCGCUCAUCGCCGACAAGACAAAGAUGUAGCUAAAGUUGCUCGAAUGAUGAUUAUUGUUGUUAUUAUUUUCGCUGUUAGUAUGCUUCCAAAUCAUAUCCUUUGGCUGCAUGGYGAGUUUAGCAAAUCCACAACAAAUACGAGCAAAAUCCGGCGCUCUUUUCUUCACUGGGGAGCCAUGCUUAUUUACGCAAACAGUUGCACCAAUCCUAUUGUCUAUAGCAUUUGUAUAGAAGAAUUUCGUGUGGCCUUCAGGGCCUAUAUUACAAAAUGUUGCAGAGUCACGGAUGAAGACAUUAGACCAGUAAACAGAAUGUUUGAAAGGAUCUCAUUCAGAGGCAAGUCUUWCUCCAGUGAUCGCCUUUUGGGAAGACAGAUAAACAGACGAAAACCUUCGGGUAGUUUCGAUGGGUCGCUGACAGCGCCUCGAAGAGGGAAGCUUUUGCGACCAAACAACAGCCAAUCUACUUUGCGUGAACUUCCAGCUGCUCUGGGGGAGCUAAAGUGGCAGAGCACCACUUUAGGCAAAGCUGGGAAAAAACAUGAAAAACCAAAACACUUUAGGAAACUUAGCAGCAACAAUUCUCAUAAGGUUACUAGAGUGUAAUAUCACUUCCUAUAAAGUAAAAAAGAAAAACUACUUCUAAGUAUUAUUGCGCCGUGUGAGAUCAUUGCUUUUUUUAUUGGAAAAUAAUGUGUUAAAUUUGAAAAUGAGCAUCGACAUCAAUUUGGAGAUGAAAGCUCACAUUUAAAAACACCUCUAGCAGAUGCUAAAAAACACAGGAGAGAUUUUGAUGUUAAUUUUGUCAACAUUGGUAAUAACUGAGUUCAUGCCGUGUUCCUAGUAAUAGCAAAUACCAAUGAGUGACACAAUAACAACACAAUUUAACGUCGCCUSAAGCAAAGAAAUUUUAACGUCCUUGUAAURUUCUCACAACUCACAGCAGCUUGUUAUCCUGGAGAUUGACAAAAACACUAAACAAGGGUCAGCAUGGAAACAUCUUUAAUUCAAAAUACGAUUURAAAUGGCUUUGCAGUGUUAUUUCUGUUAAAAAUGAGAUUUUUUUAUCUGUUCAGGCAUUUCAUUCAUAACUUAUACGUGUGAGGUAAAAAUCUGAUGCUCGGUUUCAUUGUUAUAUCGUUGAAGAUUUUUUAAUACUUCUCUYCUUUAAGUAUUUUAUGAAUUUCUUUUUCGCGGAUUUUUUUUCCAACAUUUAUUAUUCAAGC